GAGAGAAUGAUACACCAAACCUUCCUGCAAUGGCGGAUACCAUUGGCGAUACCCAAUAUUACUUGAUCCUCUUCUUUCUCUGGGCGUUCUUAAGCCUUCUUCUUCAUUACCUCUUAAAGAAACCCAUCAAGCCAAGCCUCCACCUUCCUCCAAGCCCACCAGCUCUUCCACUUAUUGGUCACCUUCACCUUCUGCGUCCAAUGGCAUUCAAAUGCUUACAUAAUAUCUCAUCUAAACAUGGCCCUUUCCUCUGCCUUCGCCUUGGUUCUCGUCCUGUUCUUGUUGUCUCAUCAGCAACGUUUGCUGCUGAGAUCUUCAAAACACAUGACAUCAACUUCUCAGCAAAACCGAAAACUCCUUUAGGUGAUAAAUUACUAUUUGGGAACUUUGGCUUUUUUAAUGCUCCAUAUGGAGACUACUGGAAAUUCAUGAAGAAACUGUGCAUGACAGAACUGCUAGGAGCACGACAGGUCGAAAGAGACUGUGCCGCUAGGAGGGAAGAACUCAGGCGUUUCUUGAGUAAACUGGUGGAGAGAGCUUGUAAGAAUGAGAACGUUGACUUAGGUAAUGAGCUAAUGAGGCUAACGAAUAAUACUAUAUGCAGAAUGGUUAUGAGCACAAGGUGUUCAGGAGAAGAUGAUGAGGCUCGGAAGUGUAGGGAACUGGUGGAAGAGUCGGUGGAUCUUGCUGGAAAGUUGGGUGUGGCUAGUAUGCUGGGGCCUUUGAAGAAAUUAGGUUUUUGGGUAUUUAGAAAACAGCUAAAGGAUAUACUAAGAGAUUUCGAUGAGUUGCUAGAGAAGAUUUUGAAGGAGCAUGAAGAGAAAGCUAAGAGAGAUGGUGAUGAUCAUGAAGGCGAGGAUAAAGAUUUGAUGGAUAUUCUAUUGAAAGUAUAUCAAGAUGAAAAUGCAGAGUUCAAGAUAAGCAGGAAUCACAUGAAGGCCUUCUUUCUGGAUCUCUUCUUUGCAGGGACAGAUACGUCUGCAAAUACCAUGCAAUGGAUUAUGGCAGAGCUCAUCAAUCAUCCAAAAGUAUUCUCGAAACUAAGAGAAGAGAUAGAGUCAGUUGUUGGAACAAAUAGACUAGUGGAAGAGUCUGAUAUCCCAAAUCUCCAUUAUUUGCAAGCAGUUGUGAAGGAAACAAUGAGACUACAUCCACUAGUACCUGCAAUCCCCAGAGAAUGCCGAGAAGACUGUAAAAUUGAAGGAUAUGAUAUACCCAAAGAAACUGUAGUAUGGAUCAAUGUGUAUUCAAUAAUGAGGGAUCCAAAGUUAUGGAAUAAUCCCAAUGAGUUCUGUCCAGAAAGGUUCUUGCAAGAACAUGAAAAUCAAAAGGAAAUUAAGAGGCAAAACUUCAGUUUUCUUCCAUUUGGUGGGGGAAGAAGAAUGUGCCCUGGUUCACACUUAGCUUUCAGCUUAAUUAACAUUACUAUUGCAUCUAUGAUUCAGUGCUUUGAUUGGAAGGCUGUUGGAGAUGGAGGAAAGGUUAAUAUGGAAGCUAAAUCAGGCUUUAGUCUUUGCUUGGCUCAUCCACUUUUGUGUUUUCCAGUGAUUCACUACCACCCAUUUGCUGCUUAG